GGGGCUGCGCCAGCCGCCGGGGGGGACCCCGCGGGGCCCGGGGCUGGGGGAGGCCCUGGGCGGGCUGACAUCGCUUCUGGUGCCGGGGAGCCUGCGGGUCCUGGGCCCGCCAGCAGCCUGCCCUGCCCUGCCCUGCCCGCAGCCGGCUCCCAACUUCCCCGCGGACGUGGCGAGAAAUGUGCGGCUGCCCCGCCGAGCCGCUUUUGACGUCUUGAUCCUUUCGGAGAACUUAACAGGAUCGCAAAGCCCCUUCGAGCGGCUUUUCCCCGCUGUCAUUUAGAUGUUGAUAUGUAAAGCAAAAUGGCAAAAAUCAACACCCAGCGCUCCUACCCUGGUAUGCACAGAAUAUCUGUCAGACCUACUGAUGAAGAUCUUGAAAGGAUUGAAAAUGGCUGUAUCAGAACCCAUCCACUGUGUGAGGAUGCAUCUUCAGAACUCCAGAGAGUCAUUUCUGUGGACGGAAGACACGUAUCUGAAUCUCAGAUGAGCUCAUUCACAGGCAGGGGAGCAAUGGCAAGGCUCUCACGGUUUGUCGUAUCCAUGAGGUCGUGGGCCACAAGACAUGUGCACCAUGAAGACCAAAGACCUGAUUCUUUCCUAGAACGUAUCCAAGGGCCAGAGCUCAUAGAGGUGUCCAGCAGGCAAGCUAACAUCCGCUCCUUUCUGGGCAUGCGGGAGCGGCCUGGGGGCGCAAGCAGUCACUGGCCCCUGGCCAAGUUUAAUGUCAACUUUAGCAACAACACCAAUGAAGAAAAAAAGGAAGAAAAGAAAGAGGUUAAAGAGGAAAAGAAGGAGGAGAAGAAGGAGGAAAAGAAAGAGGAAAAGGAGGAAAAGAAAGAGGAAAAGAAAGAGGAAAAGAAAGAUGAUAAAAAAGAUGACAAAAAAGAUGACAAAAAAGAUGAUAAAAAAAAAGAAGAGCAGAAAAAAGAGAUCUUUGUGGUUGAUCCUUCAAGCAACAUGUACUACAACUGGCUGACCAUAAUUGCAGCACCCGUGUUCUAUAACUGGUGUAUGCUGGUGUGCAGAGCCUGCUUUGAUGAGCUACAAACUGACCAUAUUAAAUUAUGGCUGUUCUUGGAUUAUAUCUCUGAUAUCAUCUAUAUUUUUGACAUGAUGGUCAGAGUCAGAACAGGUUUCCUGGAACAAGGCUUGCUAGUUAAGGAUGAAAAGAAAUUACGAGAUAACUAUGUCAAAACUUCGCAGUUCAAACUGGACGUGAUAUCCCUUAUUCCAACGGACUUGGCAUAUUUGAAGUUCGGGUUGAACUACCCUGAGCUGCGGUUUAACCGCCUGCUGCGGAUCGGCCGGCUCUUCGAGUUCUUCGACAGGACUGAAACCAGGACAAACUAUCCCAACAUGUUCCGUAUUGGAAAUCUUGUCUUAUACAUUCUUAUCAUCAUUCACUGGAACGCGUGUAUAUACUUUGCCAUCUCAAAGGUGAUUGGAUUUGGAACUGACACUUGGGUCUACCCUAACGUGAGCGUUCCGGAAUACGGGCGCCUGUCGAGGAAGUACAUUUACAGUCUGUACUGGUCAACGCUGACGCUGACAACCAUUGGAGAAACACCUCCCCCAGUGAAAGAUGAAGAGUAUCUCUUUGUGGUCAUUGACUUCCUGGUGGGUGUGCUGAUCUUCGCUACCAUCGUCGGUAACGUGGGCUCCAUGAUUUCCAACAUGAACGCCUCCAGGGCAGAAUUCCAGGCCAAGGUGGAUUCCAUUAAACAGUACAUGCAUUUCCGAAAAGUGACUAAGGAUUUGGAAGCCAGAGUUAUUAAGUGGUUUGAUUACCUCUGGACCAACAAGAAGACAGUGGAUGAGAAGGAAGUUCUCAAAAAUCUGCCUGACAAGUUGAAGGCUGAAAUCGCCAUCAACGUCCAUUUGGACACCCUGAAGAAAGUGCGUAUAUUCCAGGAUUGUGAAGCUGGACUUCUCAUUGAGCUGGUGCUGAAACUGAAACCUACGGUCUUCAGCCCUGGGGACUACAUUUGCAAAAAGGGAGAUAUUGGGAGAGAAAUGUACAUUAUUAAAGAGGGGAAACUGGCCGUGGUGGCGGAUGAUGGCAUCACCCAAUUCGUAGUCCUAAGCGAUGGCAGCUACUUCGGUGAAAUCAGCAUCCUGAACAUCAAAGGUAGCAAGUCUGGCAACAGGAGGACAGCCAAUAUAAGGAGUAUUGGUUAUUCUGAUUUGUUCUGCUUGUCUAAAGAUGAUUUAAUGGAAGCCCUCACAGAAUAUCCAGAAGCCAAAAAAGCUCUGGAAGAGAAAGGGCGACAGAUUCUCAUGAAAGACAAUUUAAUAGAUGAGGAAGCAGCAAAAGCAGGAGCUGACCCAAAAGACUUGGAAGAAAAAAUAGGAAAACUUGAAACAGCUCUGGAUACGCUGCAGACUCGGUUUGCAAGGCUCUUGGCAGAAUUCAGCUCAUCUCAACAGAAGGUGAAGCAGAGACUUGUCAAAGUAGAAACCAGAGUGAAAAAAUACGGUAGUGGCACCUUAUCAGUUGGAGAAGGAGAGGCUGAAAAACCUGAGGAGAAAAAGCAGUAAUGGAGUAUUUGUAUUUCCUCAUUUACUGGAGAAAGAUGAGGCAUCUGAAAGACAUAAAUGUAUGUAAAUAUGUGUGUGCAUACAUAGACAUGAUUAUUUUUAUAUGAACUCAAGAGAAUGGUUUUUAGCAUUUUUAACUGAAGCAGUAUUUUCUUGUAAACAGAACAUUGUCACCUUCUUAGGGGGAGAACAUAGCCUGGCAUUUGGGUACUUUUUUGUACUGGGAGUGGGUUUCUUACAAGUCAUGCUCAGAACAUGUUAUGUAUGGUACCUGUAGGUCUUGAUACAUAGUCUUAUCCCACAGAUGUUGCAUUAAGAAUGCGUUGUAGUUGAAGAGGAUGUUUGGGUUUUUUUUGAGGGCUUAAAAAGUAUUUCUAGGGUACACUACCUUAGCAGCUGACUAAAUGCAUGGAUGCACAGCUGGGCUUCUUGAACUCGGUUCUUUCUCAGUGGUGUGCCUGCACAGUUGGACUGCAGCUUAGCAGCAGCACGGACCUGACCUGUGCACUGUAGUCCUGCACGUGAAUGAAACAGCCAUGCAUCUGGGUGAUGUAUGUCCCUCAUGAGCUGGGCUCUGUGCAAAGGACCAUGCUGACAGGGUAGCAGUGCUCAUUCACCUCCUUCACAGCCUUUGCUACUUUGCAACUGCUCUGUUUGGGGACAAAGUGGGAGAUCCCUUUUUUUUUUUUUUUUUUAAGCCCAGCUCUGUCCUCACAGAUGAGACCCUCACUUGUAAGGGAGGCCCCAAAAGCUCACUGGUGGAAGGCAUCGGUGACAAUAUGGCUUCACUGAACUGGGCAAGAGAAAAGGGGACCCUGGUGCAUGCAGCUCCUAUAUGUAGGGUCUUGAGUGAGUUGCCUCCUAGCCAGUGGACAGUCCUGGAGAGAGGCUACCAAGAAACUGCUGGGCUGGCAGGUAAGAGCAGCCUGUUCCCCGCAGCUUCCCACCCCCAGCAGGGUUUCUCCAAGGCAGGGUGAACAAGCCCUGUGUUGCAAGGUCUUUCCUGCUACUAGGUCUAUGCUUUCUUCCUUUUUAUUUAAUGUAAUGAUGCCUACUCCCACCUCCUUUCACUAUUUAGUAACAGUUUUUCUCUGAAAUUAUUUGUUGCCCUGCCAUGUUUCCAUUAGUUAGGCAGCCUGAAGGCCACAUUUGCUCUGGUCCUGCCGAUAGGAGCCUGGUGGUGGUGGUGGGUUUUCUACUUUCUGCCGAGCAUUUGUCACUGCCAACAGUUUGACUGUCAUGUAGAUAGAUACACAGGUCUGGUCCACUCAGCCUGCUGUGACAUUCAGGGGGGAACAGUAACUGAGAAGGUUUCUUGUUCUGUCAUGCUGCAUCCUCAGGAUUUGCCUCUUACACAUGGCUCUUAGCCUCGCCCACCCUGCUGCUUCCAGUUUCUUUCCAGACUACUCUCUCUCGUAUUCUCCCACUAGGAAGAUAAUAGUUUUCAUUUUUUUCUGUACAGUAUUUUCAUGUUACUUUUAGCCUUAGGUACAUCACUGACUAAAGAAGAGUUUGGAGUAGCAUGUAGAUGUUUGGCAUCUCUGGCAUGAGGGCUAGACCCUUCCACCAGCAUCAGCUACUACCACAGGCAACACUCUUACCUUUAGUUGUCCUCAGCCCUGAUUUAGGAGCCUUAACAGCCUGGCCUGUUGGAAAAUCAGUGAGAAACGCACUGAGAAGAGGGUGGUUUAACCAGAUGGUAGUGAAACGAAAAGAGGUGGUUGCUUUGCUGAGGACAGCUUCUCAGAGUUAGGACUCACCCCUAGGUAACCAGCUGUGCCCCCUCCUGUUGACACCUGUAGCCUGGUGGGAGAGGCAAAUCUGACAGUGGCUAAGGCAUGGGGCUGAGCUGCAGCACUGGCACAGGGACCAGCUGGUGGUAGAUGUCCACGUGCGGCCCAUGGCUAAACCGUUACCAUCAGACAAGAAGCCAACUAGACUUAGGAUCCUACUGUAGGGUUGGCUUAACCUCCAUUAUCAACUUUUCCACUGACUAUUACGAGGGCUUUGGAAAGUAGCUGAGACCUGCAUGUGGCCAGUGGAGUAUGGCAGUGUUGGUCCUUCAGCUGAACCUUGACCCUGCUUUCUCCAAGGGCCUGGGACAAAUGGGAGAGGUAAGAGAGGCUGCUUUUGGCAGGGAUCUAGUGCCCUGGCUCCUGCAAUGAGGGAGGCAGGGCUGAGGUGGGGCUGGGUGUUGGCUGAUUGAGGGUACCACUAGAUGCCCAGCCCUGUGGCUGUCGCUCCCUGCUGUGUCACUCAAACACCAUAUCUGGUAGGGGUUUCCUACUUGCUGUCAUGGUCUACACCAGUCAUCAUUCUCUGUUAAUAACCAUUUACCUCAUGUGUUACAGCUGUUCCAGCCUACUAGGUAUAUACAAAUAGAACUGUCUGAAAUAUUAUUUAACCAAACUUAUACCUGAUAAAAACCCUCACAAGCACCAGAACGCUGCUUUAUCUGAUGGGUCAGACCAGCUUCAUCUAUCAGUUAUAACUAACAUGUGCUUGCUCUGCCCUUUUCCAUGCCGCUUGGUCUGGUUCUCACGUGCCAGAAAAAGAGCUACUGGCUUCAGUCACUUUGAAAUACACACUUUUGGCAUGAUGAAAUCACAUCCUUUGGCUUCCUUCAUCUCUGUAAGAUGUAUUUUUCCACUUCUUUAUUGUGGCUACAGCAUGUACAUUAAAAAUGUUUUGAGUACCGUCCAAGAAA